AUGAAGGAUCGGAUACCCCGCCCCGCGGGACGCACCGGGCGCUUCCGCAGGGAGUUCGACCGGGCUGACCGCGCGGGGCACGGCAGGCAUAAGAUCCUCGCCGAGUGCGUGGGUCCGUUGGCUGUCGCGGGCGCCCCGUCGGGCAACGAGCUGGGCGAUUGCAGCGGAGAUGCGAUGAGGCGGCACCAGUUCGAGGAGUGCUCGAGGGAGCGGUCCGCUGAGUUGUGCGAGAAGCUGGCGGCGCACCUCCGGGCCUUCCAGGCGCGGGUGGCGACGCAGGAUGGGGGGGUCCAGAGGACUGCGGGGAGCACCCUCGGAGCGGAGCUUGCUCGUGGAGCUGGCCACGCGGCGGCGCGGGAGGCCAAGGCCGUGACGCUGGCGCGCGGGCGCGCGGCUGCCAAGGCGAGGCGGGUAGGCGCCGAGCUCGCGGGGGAAGGGAAGGUGCGAGGCGGGGGGCCGCGCGGCAGCACGCACGGCAGCACGCGCCGCGCGCCGGGGCAUCCGAUGUUGUGCUCCAGGGCCGCCUGCCGCCGGGCCCUCGCGGUCCGGGCGCGCGCCCAGGGGCGCGGGUUCGCUGGCGGAGGGCAGGCGGAGACGGUGCCGCAGUUCUGGCGGGAAUACAAGGACCUGGAGGCCAAGCGUCGCCGGAGGCAGCCCGCCGCUGGGGAGAAGAGGAGGCACGACCCGCGGGCGGCCGCCGAGGAGGAGCCCCCCCUGUUCGGAGGGCGCCAGGACCUGGACGAGCUGCUUCGCGGGCAGGAAGCCAAGGAGCGGCACUCCGCGGGGCAGGACCGGCACGGGGAGGCCCGCGGCGGCCGCGGCCCGCGGGUGCGGGUCUCCCGCGCGGGGCCCAGGAAGCAGCCGGCGGGCGCGGGGCCAGAGCCCGAGGACGACCUGGAGGUCGGCAUCCGGGAGGUGCAGCCCGACGCCCGCCAGGGCGGCGGCGACGCGCCGCUGCCGGCCAUGCCCCCGGGCCCGCUCGGCCCCGCAGCGCAGCGGCUCCUGGCGUGCCGCAGCGCCGGGGCGCUGCUCGCGGAGUGGGAGGGCCUGGCGGCGGCGGAGCCCGAGGCCGAGGCCCCGCCCGGCGCGCAGCAGGCGGAGCUCGUGCUGGCGCUGCAGCUGCUGGGGCGGUGGGCGGGCCGGGCCGCAGAGCGCGGGCAGCUGCUGCGCGACGCGCGCCUCGCGCGGGCCCUGGAGGCCCUGCAGCGCGCCGUGCCGUGGCUGGAGCCCUGGGCGCUCGCGGGCGGCCUGUGGGGCUGCGCGGGGCUCGGAGGGGCGCGGGCCGCCGCCGAGUGCUCGCAGGCGCUGGUCCGCGCCGCGGCCGGGCGGCUGCCCGAGCUCGGGGCCGAGGAGGCGGGGCUGGCGCUGCGCGCCCUGGCGCGGGGCCGGCAGCUGCACCGCUCCAAGGACUCCCUGCAGCUGCGCGACGGGCUCGUGGCCGCGGUCAUCCGGCAGGGCGAGGGCCUGGGGGCCCCCGGCGCCGCGGCGCUGGCGCCGGCCCUGGUGCAGCUGCGGGUCACGGAGCCGAAGCUGCUAGACGUCAUCGCCAGGCGCGUGGGGCAGGACGGCCGCACCCUGCAGGUGCAGGACAUGGCGGCCGCCUCUGCCAGCCUGGCGGCCCUGCGCGUGUUCCAUCCCACCGUCACGGCGCAGGCCCUGAAGAGUGUCGAGGCGGGCGUCCACCUGUGCACGCCGCGGGGCGUGGUGCAGUUCUGCGUGGCGCUGUGGAACGCGGAGGACCCCGCCGCGUUCCGCGACUUCCUCCAGCCGGCGGCCAGAUCCUUCAUGAUGGACUUCGGGGCGCGCGAUCUGUGCACGGUGGCCGAGGCGUUCUGCAGGGCCCAGGUCUCCGACGCGGACUUCUUAGCGGACCUUGCGUUCAGCUUGACGCCGAAGAUCGGCGACAUGGGUGCCCACGAGGUGUCAGUCGCUCUCAACGUCUUCGCUCCGGUGGCAUACACAACCCCCGAGUUGUUGCCUGGGGUGGCGGGGCGCGCGCGCACCCUGGUCGACGAGCUCUCACCGCGUCAGGUGGCGAGAACGCUGCGGGGGCUCGCGAAGUGUGGCUACGGCGACGCAGCCCUGUUCGCUGGGUUGCGCGAGCGUGCCGUGCAGUUGGCGCGCGUGCUCUAUGGUACGCACGCCACCGACGCGCUCCUGGCGCUUGCUCAGGCUGGGCAUUUGGACGGACCUUCUGUGAGCACGCUGCUCGGAGUCGUGGGCCGCAGCUUGGGCAGCAUGACCCCAAUCGACCAUGUCGCGGUGCUCUACGCGGUGGCGCAGUUGCCACCAGAUCUACAGAUGAACGCCCCAGAAGGCCUUGUAGAUGAGUUGCUGUUGGCACUCCGGCGAAAGCGCUUCGCAGAAUGGCGGAUGGACCCCGAAGCUUUGGUGCAUUUGUUGCAGGCGCUUCGGGGCUUACGCAUGCAGGACGAGGUGCUGCUGGACAGCCUCCUCGAGCGCUUGCCGCGCGUCCUGCGAUACUCUGAGUGCAGCCAGUCGCUGCCGCUGCUAGUCCAGCUGGUGGACUGCUUGGGUGACCUCCCGUCGCCGAGCAGCUUGCAGGUCCGAAUGCACCUACACCGCAGGCCGAAGCUUCUCGCUGCGCUCAAGGAGUGCCUCGGCGCGCACUUUAACAGGAAGCUGGACCUCGAAAGCGGGGUGGUGUUGGCGCGGGCUCUUGCCCGCACAGGAUACGAAGACGCCCCGCUACAGGACUGGCUCGACCGCCUCAUCCCAGAGGUCGAGGCGCGACUGGAGUUCCUGGACCCUUCGCUCGUCUGCGACCUGUGCUUCGCGCUCGCGGAGAUGAACUGGAACCCCGCGUGGAACCUCAAGUGCGUGCGCCGCUUCGUCAGGAAGCGCUACCCCGACCGGGCCGUGUUCGGCGCGGCGGACGCCAGCGCGGCGGAGGCGGAAGAGGAGGACGACGAGCGGGAGGCGGAGGAGGCCGCUGGAGCGCCCACCAUCGGCUCGUUGGCAGCCGGAGCUUGCUCCGGGCCUCUUCCGGGGGAGGCCCUGCUGCGGCUGGCCUGGGCACUCGUGGCCCUCAACGAGGAGCUGCCCGCGGCGCUGCUAGAGGAGCUCCACGCGGCGUUCGGGGGCUCGUUGCCGGAGGGCAGGUGCGGGACCGGGUUGCGGCUGUUGCAGGACGUUGCCCAGCACCACGGCCUGGCGAAGGGGGCGGCCGAGCGACUACCUGAACUGCCAUCUGCUCAGGAGCAGGCGCCCGCGGAGGUGGUGGAGUGGUUGUCCCUGGCGCGAGAGGUGCCUCGCGGGGACCUCUUCGCCUCUCAGCAGCCGCCCAGGGCCCAGCGGCGGGAGCGGCGCCUGGCCAUGCCGCACCACGCCUACCCGUACGAGCAGUGGCUCUCGGGUGCCUUGCGCAGCCUGCGGAUCCCGCACGAGGCGGGCGCGCCCAUCGGGCCGCACCGCGUCGCGGUGAAGUUCCGCCGGCAGCGGCACGCCAUCGACGUCCUCGGGCUGGCGGACAUCUCCGCGCCGUCGAGACGCACCCGCGGCGCUGCUGAGGUGAGGCGGCGGCAGCUCAUGCAGCUGGGGUGGGUCGUGCACCCCCUCACGAUCUUCGACCUCUACAAUGCCGUCCGCAGCGGGAGCGCUCGCCUCCUUGUGUCCAAGCUCCUGAGCUCCUUCGACCCAGACGCCGCGCGCCGCGCGUCCUUCCGGGGCUCCUCUCUGAGGCCAGCGCGGGCGCCCUCCCGCGCAGCUGGUGGCGAGGACCCCGACGGCUGGCUCCCAGACGACGCGGAGGGCGAUGCCGCCGAGGACCCGGACAUGCCAGGGGUGCUCGGCAUCCGCCACGAUCCCCGGGCAACGCUGCAAGCCAGGGCCGCCCUCGCCGCCGCAGGCUGCCAGGCCAGCGGGUCUGGAUCCGCGGCGGAGGUCGACCCCUGUAGCGCCCAGUGGCGCUGCAACGCGGACUUGAAGCUGGUGCUCGGCGGCGCCCCACCGCAGAACACCGCGACAGAUAUAGCACGGCCGACCACAGAGCUACUACCAGCGUCGGAGCAUGUUCGUGAUGAGUGCGGCCGCGAGGUCAUAUCUUCCACGGUCGAGCAGCGCUUCCAGGCCGACGGCGCGCCAUCUUCUGCAGCUCAGUCGCCAGGCAUUCGGCGGUCGUUUGCCUCGUGA